GCAAUGGAGGAGGGGCUGACAGAGUGGGACGGGAACAGCGGCGGAAGCAGGCGUUGCUGCUCCAAAUUCCCCCCAUUUAUUUAACCUCGACUAUCGUUUGAGCCUUAAAUUUAGGGACAAAUAAGGGGCCAAUUUUUAAUUUUUUUACUUUUUUGAGGCGUCUUCCGUUAAGAACAGCCAGCUUCCUCGCCUUAUUUCCCCUUCAUCAUGCAACAAUUCACCCCCUUCCACAUCUUUUGAAGAUCUUUUUAUUUUCCUUCUUGUGGGGUCAUCCGUUUAACCCACCCAGUCUCUUGGCAUUUAUCGGGGAAGGAGAGGAGGGGAGAGGGGAACUGAGAAGAGCCUGAUUUGGUUCCUGGGGCAAAGGACACAGAAGCAGCAAUGGAUGAAGGGAUGGAGCUCAAGGGGUGUGUUUGCCGGAUCAAGAGCUGCGCCGGCCAACUUCUGUCGAUGGAGGAGGAUCUGGUGACUGAUCUGGACGAUGACUCAUGGGACUUGGUCUGGAGGGACCUCCGGCUGAAGGCGACCUUCUUGUACAUUGAUCUGAGCCGUGUGAUCUCCCGAAGUGAGAACGAUGAGCGCAGGAAGGCGCUCACCCUUCUCGCCAACAAAUUCUUCUACUGCACGGAUGAGCUGGGCGAUGCGGUGACGAGCCGAAGCGUCCCCGUCGUGAAGAUGUGCUACAAUGACACCGCUCAGGCUCUCCGUGAGUUGCUCGCGGCCCUUGCGCCGCCGCAGUAGCAUGUUGGGCUCAUGCCAUGUGGCCCUGUACUGCGAUGCGAUGCUGUGAGGCAGGAUCAAGCAGACACAGCAUUUGCAUCUUCUGGAUAGCAAGGAAAGGAUGGAGUCGUGACAGAAACUCUUGCAGAGGGAUGAGUCUUUAUGUAAGGAACGUAUGUGCCUGAAACUCACAUGGGCAUUUUCCAGAUGAGCACUGGCUAGAGCACCUGUGUACAUACAUGGUCCAAAUAUCUCCGCGGUUGAAGCAGAGCAAGAGAAAUAAUACCUAGCGUGUGGUUAUCUCCAGCAAA